UAUAUCUAUUAUUAAUUAUUAUUAAUUAUUAGUUACUUCUUAAUACAAAUGGAUCAAAACAAACUAGAUCCUAGAUAACUUAAAUUCUUAAACUUCGUCAGAUAGACUAAGUCAAGUGAAGUCAAUUUUAAUUUAAGUAAGUCACUGUACUACACCAGUGAGAAUUGUAUUGCUAAUUUUAAACAAAUUUUGCAAUGACAUCUUCUGUAUGUGAGAGAUAUGUUGCUGCAAUGGUGCUAAGUGGUGUUGGGGAUGCACUGGGUUAUAAAAAUGGUGAAUGGGAAUUCUGUCACAGUGGAGAAACAAUUUAUGCAGAAGUUCUAAAGCUAAAUGAUGUGGAAAACAUUCAAGUAAAAUUGCCAGGGUGGAUGGUGAGUGAUGAUACAGUCAUGCAUUUGGCCACUGGAGAAGCUUUGGUUAACAGUAGCAAAGAUAAUGUCAGGGAAGACAUAUUUGUAUCCAUAGCAACCAGCUACAAGUUGUGUAUGAGGGAAAUGGCUGGACGAGCACCAGGCAUAACAUGCAUAAAUGGAGCCCAUCAAUUGAAACCACUCAGAAAAGAUGGCUACAGAAUACCUUUUAACCCAAGAGGUGGUGGAUGUGGGGGAGCAAUGAGAUCUAUGUGUAUUGGCCUCAGAUAUCCAAGGCCUGAAAACUUAGAAGAUUUGAUUGCAGUCAGCAUUGAGUCUGGACGUAUGACACAUAAUAAUCCUGUAGGCUACCUGGGCAGUCUGGCUUCUGCUUUGUUUACAUCAUACGCCAUACAAGAAAGGCCACUCAAUUCUUGGGGACGUGGUUUACUGGAUUGUCUACCUUUGGCCAUGAAGUAUAUUGAGUCUACCAAUCACUGUGUUCAGGAGAGCAAAGAUACUUGGAGUUACUUUGUUACUGCUUGGGAAAAUUACCUGAAAUCUCGGGGUAUUGCAGAUGGAAAGUCAGAUGUUGUUUUCCCACAAACUUAUGGGUUCAAAGAAAGGGAUAAGUUUGUCAAGAAAGUCAGCUAUGAUGGUUUUGGAGGUGCCAGUGGACAUGACGCACCAAUGAUAGCAUAUGAUGCACUACUUGGAGCAGGGGACAACUGGAAAGAACUCUGUUACAGGUCAAUGUUUCAUGGAGGGGACAGUGACAGUACUGGGGUCAUUGCUGCCUGUUGUUUUGGAGCACUGUACGGGUUCAAAAAUGUGCCAUCUGCCAAUCAUAUGCAUGUUGAAUUUAGACAAAGACUUGAAGAUGUUGGCAAUCAGCUAUACCAGUUAGCUUAUCCACAAGAAUAGAUGACAGAAAACUUCUUGUUAAUAGUCCAUAUCAGGGAUUACUUUAUGUACAGUUGUCUUUCAUCUAGCACAUUUAUACUUGUAUAUAUUUUUCUACUUUUUAUUUAGUGCAUGUUUUUCUAAAUUUUAUUAACAGCUUUAGUGGUGAUUCACUAAAGCUCAUUAUCAAUAUGUUGUGUUACUUAAUUUAAACCUGUUUGAAGAUAAAUGUGAUUUUUAUUUGUUUACAUUUUACCCUGAACUUGGUACGCUGUUACAAUUGGCACUAAAAUGACUUAAUUUAAUGCUUAUAUAAAGAGUAUUUAAUUUUUAUAUAUUAUACAAUGCUUUUUAUAUUAUACAUUUUUUUUUAUACUUUUACUGCCAUUGCUUGAUUAUAAUGAUGAUUUUCAAGAGCAAUAAUUAUUAAAACGUUUUUUUUUUGUAUUUUUUUAAAUAUUUUUUUGUACAAAUGUGAUUGUUUAGUAUAUGAAGUACACUUUGACCUGCUCCUAGUGAAAAUGGGUGCAGGAUAAAAUGGGUAUUGAUAUGAUUUUUUUUCAAUAGUUAAAUUAAAUCACUUUGUGUUUUGUCCAUUGAACUGACAUAAAAAUUUAAAAUGAGGAUGGAUAUCUCAUUAAUAAAUUGAUCGGCGUUGUCGAGUCGGCAAAGCUCAUGGUUGCUAAGCCGAAAAGUCUCGAGUUCGAACCCUCGGGCAGAUGAGGCUCGUUUGCUGGGGACAGCCACUCUUCUAGGAGAGACAACUCCAAAAUUAAACAACUGCUGCCUUGUAGUUUGUUCUUGGUUGGACAAAGGCUAUGGAAGCAAAUCCAACAAGAAAAGCAGGCUGAAAUCGGAGUCAAUGGCCUCAAUGGCGCAUAACCAGUUGACACGUAACGCUUAAUUGUGUUGGAGGCGUGGUCGAGUCGGCAAAAAGCUCAUGGUUGAUAAAUUCGAACAAAGUCUCGAGUUCAACCCACUGGCAGAUAAAUCUCGAUCUCCUUCAACACUAAUAAUUAAGAACGAAGAAGAAGAAG